AAUGAGGGGCCAAAAACCAAAAGCCACCACUACCAAUACCAAACUUUGUACUCUCUAAAGCUUAUUAAGUUCUUUCCCUAUGGAUUGGACCAGGGGCCGAACCAUCGGCCGGGGCUCGUUUGCCACCGUAUCAAUCGCCACAGCUCAUGGCUCCGGCGAGCUUUUCGCUGUCAAGUCCGCUGAGCUUUCCAAGUCCGAGUCCCUCCAGAGAGAGCAGAAAAUUUUGUCUUCGUUGAAUUCCCCAAAAAUCAUAGACUACAGAGGUUUUAACGUCUCUUCGGAAAAUGGAGAGCUUAUGUACAAUCUCUGCCUGGAAUAUGCUCACGGCGGUUCGCUCUCCGACACGAUUUGCAGACGCGGUGGUCGGCUCAACCAAGCUGAAAUUAUAGCCUACACGAGGGAAAUUCUAAUUGGGUUGGGUUAUCUUCAUUCCGCAGGCGUAGUACAUUGUGACAUCAAGGGUCGGAAUAUUUUGGUCACCCGAGAGGGGUUGAAGAUCGCUGACUUGGGAUGCGCUCGAUUCUGCGAUGGUGUGUCGGGUGGUGAUUGGGUCUCUGUAGCUGGAACUCCUGCUUACAUGGCACCAGAGGUGGCGCGAGGAGAACAACAAGGCUUCGCCGCCGAUGUUUGGGCCCUUGGGUGUACGGUGAUCGAGAUGGCUACGGGUCGAGCCCCGUGGGAAGAUGUGCUCGACCCGGUUUCGGCUUUUUACCGGAUUGGGUUUACGGAUGAUGUGCCGGAGAUACCGAGUUACGUGUCGACAAAAGCAGAGGAUUUUUUGGGGAAAUGUUUGAAGAGGGACCCGUUAGAGAGGUGGUCCGUUGAUGAGCUUCUUAAGCACCCAUUUCUUGAGGAAUUCGAACCCGAAUCCGAACCCGAGUGUGUUAUGAAGGAAUUUUAUAGUUUUGACUUGGAUAGUCCGAGAUGUGUAUUGUGCACCGUGGACUCGGAGAACGAUCCUAACCCGUACCGUGGAAGUGUUACGGACACACACACAGGCUCUCCUGCUGAAAGAAUCAGAAGGUUGAGUAGUGAAAGCAAUGCGACGUCGUUUUCUGAAAUGGACUGUUGGGCCUUGGAUGAGGAUUGGGUCACAGUUAGACAUAACUAUACCCAAGAAGAGCCGGAUAUGAUAUCUUUAGGCGCAUCAAGUGAUCUGGUCACUGUCAAUGAAACUCCAAAUACGAAGGGGACCUUGAAAAUCCGGACUCCUAAUGAGGAUGAUUUGGCGCUCCACGCCAAAUUUAGGAAUGGUUCGAGAAACUUCAAGGGUAGUAGAAGAAAUUGUAAUAGGGUUGGUACUGGUAGCAGUAGUUAUAAGGAUUGGGGUAGACUUAGGGAUGGGAAAAAAGUCUCGUUGAAGUGCUUUAAAUGUAUCAAAGUUGAAUUUUUUGAUUAUUCACAUUGUGAAAUGAAGUUGCAGUUUUUUAUGAAUUGCCCACCUAUUAUUGUUUUCAUACAAAUUCAGCUCAUUGCAAGUAGUUUAGAGCCAUUUGAGAUUUUAUGAUUUUUUUUUGUAGCAGAGAUUUUAAGAAUUACAUUAACAAAAAGUAGGUUAAUUUCAGUAUCACUUAAUAAAUAUAGAAUUGGAUAAGC